AUGCGAAAACGACAGAGAUUAUGGUUUAUCAUUUUGGAAUUAACAUUAAUUAUUUUUGUAUCAGAGAUUACAACAGUUUUCGGUCAAACAACGUGUAACAAUGGAUUGGGAAGGGUUCUGUAUGAGCGCCUACCUAAUCAGCAACUUCAGGGAUUUGAUGAUGAUGUAGUUCGGGACACAGCACCGCCUUUUCGUGUUCUCGAAAAGUGCCAAGAUCUCUGUCUUAGAGAUCGAACAGCUGCAAAUAAUCUAGUUAGAGCUUGUACGAGCUUUGACUUCCAACCCGGUAGUCGUAUCACCUCCUUUGGCGGUAAUCCCGAAUAUGAGGAAUCAACAUGCUACCUAACACGCGAACAAGCUGCUCCCGAAGGCAUUGGGAAUUUAAUGCUCGUCCCAAAUAGUGUUCACUUUACCGAAGUUUGCCUUACCUCAAGUCGCCCUGAAAGGGAGUGUCCAAGUCGUCGGUAUGUCUUUGAACGGCAUCCCAGGAAGAAGCUAAAACUCCCUGUUUCGGACAUCAAGGAAAUGACAGCAGCCAAUAGAUCCGAUUGCGAGGAUAAAUGCCUCAAUGAGUUCUCCUUUGUGUGUCGCUCAGCUAAUUUUGAUUCAGCUAUGAGAAGUUGCUCCCUGAGUCGCUUUACGCGACGAACACAUCCUGAACUCAUGGAAGACGAUCCCAAUUCGGACUACUUGGAGAAUACAUGCCUCAACGCCGAGAGACGUUGCGAUGGUCUGGCUAUUUUUGUCAAGGAGGAAAAUAAGAAACUCGGUGGACCCUUUGAGGUGGACAUCUUCAACAAUAUGACCCUUGAGGAAUGUCAAAUGAUGUGCCUAAGGGCGGAAAAGUAUUUCUGCCGAUCAGUUGAGUUUGAUGAUCAAACUAAGCAGUGUAUUGUAUCAGAAGAGGAUUCCAUCUCGCAAAAGGACGAAAUCAACGUUAGUUCUAGCCCUACGCAUCAUUUUUAUGAUUUAGUUUGUCUAGAUAAUCAACGAGGAUCAGAGUAUCCGGAUAAUUCUGUAACAUCCCAUCUAUUUUCUGGAGGACGACGUCCUGACACGGCUUUCCAGAGAUACCGAAAUUCACGAUUAGGCGGUGAAUUUCAUUCUGAAAUAACCGGAAGAUCUCUCAGUGAAUGUUUGGAUGAAUGCUUACGCCAGACAAGCUUUCAAUGCAGAUCGGCUGUAUAUAGCGAUCGCUUCCGCACAUGUCGUCUUAGCAGGUACAAUCAAAAGGACGGUAUGCGCAUUAUCUACGAUGCUGAUUAUGAUUACUACGAAAACCUGAUGCUUGGUGGGGAUGGUAUGGAUGAUCGCGAUCGUCCUGCUAUGAGACCAGAUAUGGGAAAUGAUUGGCGAAAUCCAUAUCCAGGUGAUAAAGAUCGGUAUCCUGAUGACAGAUAUCCGAAUCGACCUGAUCGUUACCCAUCACAGUGGAGACCAGAAAUGGGAUAUGAUCGCUUCCCAGGCUAUCCAGAUCAUGAUCAAGGAUACGAUCGUGGGUACCCAAGUGGAGGAGGCUACCCAAGCGGAGGAGGAUACUACUAUGGAUACAGGGAUACAGGCUACGGAGGCUAUGACAGAGAUCGUGGCUAUGGGCGUCCAGUACAACUGAGUCCUGGCUACCCUCCGUAUGAAGCUCCCCUUCCAGUUCGUCCCUUAGGCGGUGGAUCAGGCUAUGAUAACAACAUUAAUUCCUUGACGGGUGAUGGAUUCGGUGGCUACGGACCUGUAGGACCAAUUAGGCCUUUUGGUUCUCGCUGCGAGGAAGACAGCUACAAGCAGGUUGCGUCUCGUCACCGAAUGCGACGUCCCUACAUUCGACGAUCCAUGACAGUGCCUACACUCUCGCACUGCCAGCGAGAAUGUACAGACACGAGGGAUUUCUCCUGCAGAAGCUUCAACUACCGCGAGGGUGGCUAUGCUGUAGAUCAGGACUCCAACUGUGAGCUAAGUGAUCGCGAUACGAGAGAUAUGGAUCUCCAGGAUCCCAUGAUGUUUGAUAUUGGAGCUUAUGAUUACUACGAGAGAAGUUCUGCAAGGAAUGGCCUAGAUGGGGAUUGCUUGGACGUCUCUCAAACCUGCAACGAGGAUGGAAUGGAGUUCACAUUGAGGACACCUGAGGGUUUCAUCGGAAGGAUUUAUACAUACGGAUUCUAUGAUCGAUGCUUCUUCAGAGGAAAUGGAGGAACUGUUAAUGUUCUCAGAAUUAGUGGCCCACAGGGAUAUCCCGAAUGUGGCUCUCAAAGAUACGGAGACACAAUGACCAACAUUGUAGUUGUUCAAUUUUCGGACAAUGUGCAAACCGGCAGGGAUAAGAGAUUCAACUUGACUUGUCUAUUUCGAGGCCCUGGUGAAGCAGUCGUUACAUCCGGAUACAUAGGAGCAGGGUCUGGCAGUCCAAUCCCCAUUGAAUACCUCCCAGCUGAGAAUACGAUGAACAACAAAAUUCGCCUUUUAAUCCUUUACCAAGGAAGACCAACGACAACAAUUGCAGUUGGUGAUCCUCUCACAUUCCGCCUUGAAUCGCAGGAUGGCUACAAGCAAGCUGGAGAUAUUUUUGCCACAAACGUCAUAGCAAGGGAUCCCUAUUCAGGGCGAAGUGUGCAGCUUAUUGAUCGACAUGGGUGUCCUGUAAAUCCAUACGUAUUCCCGGAGUUGGAUAAACUCCGUGAUGGGGAUACACUGGAGGCCAGAUUCAAUGCAUUUAAAAUUCCAGAAUCGAAUUUCCUAGUCUUUGAAGCCACAGUCCGUUCCUGCCGCGAUGGAUGCCAACCAGCUUACUGCCCAGGACCUUCAGGGAGGUCUGAACCGUCAUUCGGGAGGAAGAAGCGUGAAAUCAAUGGGACACUUAUUGCCCAAGCGACAAUUCAACUGAAUGACACUGAACUCAAUGAAACUCAGGAAGAUGCCAUUGAUCCAUCAUCAACGGAUGAGACAACAAUUUAUAGCACCGAAGAGGAGGUGACCAGUGAUUUCCCUGAACAAGUUAGGGAAAUGAUUGAGGUGUUUGAAUCGAGAGAAGAAAUGGAACAGGAUGCCUAUGCGAGGAAAAUUGUAGCACCUCAGGAAACUGUCUGCAUUUCCCCCUCAGAGUAUCACGGAUUAAUUAGCGCUGUUAUCCUACUCAUGAUCUUACUCCUGAGCAUUUCACUCAUAGCUGGACUUGCCUACAGAAGAUACUGGCAUGUUUUAAUGAAAAAUCGCUAUGCUGACAGAAGUUCCCCCGUAACAUCCUUUAGCCCAUCUGCAAUACACCAAAAUCUCAAUAUAUCGAGCGUUAAUAGCCAAUUUGAUGCAUCAGGACGCAAUAAUUCGCACCGAUCUGGAAGUACAGGGAGACCAGGACUCUCCCUUUUCAGUGGGAAUCUUCAAAAGACCUUUGCAACCGGGAACCUCUCAAGGAUGUGUCAAAUUCCUGUAAUGAAUCCAAUAAGGAAUAAUGGAGAUCAACCAUUAGAAUUUGAGGAUCCAAGCGAACCAAUUUACACAGAUCCAUCGCUAUUCGAACGAUCAAGAUCACUACGAAGCAUCGCUGUGCGUCAGAGUAAUGAAACAUGAGCGUCUACCUGAUAAGAAUUCCAAGUCCUCAAUUUCUUUUCUUCCUUAGUUUAUAUACAAAUACAUAUAUGCAAAUUAAAAAAAAAAA